ACCCGAAUACCUGAAAUGGCUACCCUCGGUCUCUCCAAAGUCUUCAUAUUGGACAAGUAUUUUACCGAGCUGCAGAAGUUCUGGGAGACCGAGAAGAAGCUGCAAGAUGCUUCCUCGUCGAACGAAGCGGUGCACCUACAGCAGCGUCUGCGGAGCCUCAGCACGGAACUGGUGACCCUGAGGAACCGGCUGCACGUAAGCCAACCGGCGAACGCGUCAGGGCCGACGGGCGGCACCACCGGACCCCUAUCGAAGAGCCCGGAAAAAGGUGGCGGACCCGCGUCGCCCGCACCCGCAGUACCCCCGAGGACCACCCUGCCGCCCGGCGGCACAAUACCUCAUGGAAUCGGCCAUCCCGCUGGUCACACAUUGACAGCUUCUGUGAUUGUUCAUCCGCAUGUCAAUCAUGCUGGUGCGAACACGCUUAACCAUAACUCAACCGCAACAAAUAAUUUAAUAUCUGACCUAGAGCCUUCGAAGCGUCACAACGGAGUGCCUGACGAUGGAAUAGUAUCCUGCGUGACGGCGUUAGGGUGCCUUCGGUCGCCGCCGAUCUCCAGCAUCAUCGCCGACGUGAAAAACGCCAAAAGUAAUCAAAGCCAGCAUCGAUGUCUCUCGAAAGCCACUGCGUCUUCGCCCGGCCCUGCGACUUCCACGGCCUUCGAUGACCUCAUUCAUCUACCUUGUCCUCUUACAGAAGAUGCGGUACUUAAAUGUCUUCAAGCCCGCUUCUGCGUCAAUCAGUAUCACACGAAUGUGGGCCCCAUAUUGGUUUGCGUAAAUCCUUACACAGACGUUGGAAAUCCGUUAACCUUAACGAGCACCAGGUCGGUACCAUUGGCACCUCAGCUGAACAAGGUCGUCCAGGAGGCCGUAAGACAACAGUCGGAGACUGGGUAUCCUCAGGCGAUUAUUCUUUCUGGGACAAGCGGUUCCGGAAAAACGUACGCUUCAAUGCUAUUACUUAGGCAACUCUUCGACGUCGCCGGCGGCGGACCGGAAACGGACGCUUUCAAACAUCUAGCGGCAGCCUUCACGGUCCUGAGAUCCUUGGGCUCAGCGAAAACCGCCACAAACUCGGAGAGUUCAAGGAUAGGUCACUUCAUCGAGGUUCAAGUGACUGAUGGUGCUUUAUAUAGAACAAAAAUUCACUGUUACUUCCUAGACCAGACACGAGUGAUCAGACCGUUGUCAGACGAGAAGAACUAUCACAUAUUUUAUCAGAUGUUAGCUGGAUUGUCUCAUGACGAGAGAGUUAAAUUAAACUUGGAGGGGUACAAUCUCAAAAAUUUGAGGUAUCUUCAGCACGGCGAUACGCGACAAGACGAGGCUGAGGAUGCAACUCGGUUUCAAGCGUGGAAAGCUUGUUUAGGCGUUUUAGGCAUUCCAUUCUUGGACGUUGUAAGAGUGCUAGCAGCGGUGCUCAUCCUCGGGAACGUCGGUUUCACAGAUGGCCCUGGUGUAGAAGUAGGAGUAAUUGGCGAGAACGAAUUAUCCUCCGUAGCUACACUCCUGGGAGUCUCUCCGCCAGCCUUGUUACGGGGGCUCACCUCGAGGACUCACAAUGCGCGCGGCCAGCUCGUUAAAUCCGUCUGCGAUGCCAACAUGUCUAACAUGACCAGGGAUUCGCUGGCGAAGGCGCUUUAUUGCCGUACUGUAGCCACGAUAGUGAGACGAGCCAACAGCUUGAAAAGACUUGGUUCGACUCUCGGCACCCUUUCGUCGGACUCCAAUGAAUCUGUUCAUAAUCAAGCGGAUGUUACUAGCCAACACGCCUCUACUAUUGGCAGCUCAGCAGGGGGGACAGGAUCCAGAAGCAUGACUGCUCUGAAUAACGCCGUGCGACACGCCACGGACGGCUUCAUCGGCAUCCUGGACAUGUUCGGGUUUGAGGAUCCUAAGCCGAGCCAGCUAGAGCACCUCUGCAUCAAUCUUUGCGCGGAGACGAUGCAGCACUUCUACAACACUCACAUAUUCAAGAGCUCCAUCGAGAGUUGCCGCGACGAAGGCAUCCGGUGCGACGUCGAAGUUGACUAUGUCGACAACGUGCCAUGCAUUGAUCUCAUUUCUUCCUUGCGUACCGGAUUACUAAGUAUGUUAGAUGUAGAAGGCUCUAUACACGGGACCGCAGAAAGUUACGUUGCCAAAGUGAAGGUGCAGCACAAGCAGAAUCCUCGAUUGUUCGAACCAAGGACCGUCGAUUGUAGAUCCUUCGGUAUUCAGCACUUCGCGGGAAGAGUCACCUACGACACUUCAGACUUCUUGGACACGAACAAGGAUGUUGUCCCCGAUGACCUGGUGGCGGUUUUCUACAAGCACACUUGCAGUUUCGGCUUCGCUACCCACUUGUUUGGCAGUGAGUUGAAGGCACUGUACGCGAGCGAUACUGUGCCGAGGGGCGUCAGCUUCCGAAUAUCGCCAACUUCUCACACCGAUCUUUUAAACGGAGACGAGCCAAUAUCGACGUUGACACAGGACUUUCAUACGAGGUUAGAUAAUCUCUUGAGGACCCUUGUCCACGCUAGACCGCACUUCGUCAGAUGCAUCCGUAGCAAUAACACCGAGACGCCGAUGCACCUCGACAGGGGAGUUACGAUGCGCCAGAUACGCUCGUUGCAGGUCCUGGAAACAGUGAACCUCAUGGCGGGAGGAUACCCGCACAGGAUGCGAUUUAAAGCCUUCAAUGCAAGAUACAGGCUGAUCGCGCCCUUCAAACAACUGCGUCGCGCAGAGGAGCAGGCAGUCGAGGACACGAAAUUGAUUUUGCAAAAUGCGCAGCAGCUAAAGAGCAAGUUUGGCGCCAGUACUAGUUGGGCUGUCGGCAAGCGGCAUAUUUUUCUCAGCGAGGGCAUCAGGCAGCAGCUUGAAAACCUGCGGGCGGAAACGCGAAGAAAAGCUGCUACAGCAAUACAGUCCACGUGGAGAGGGUGGCACGUACGAAAAAGAUGGCCUUUGAGAAGAACAACCCUAGGAGUAACAUCUGGCAUUGGUCAGAAGAAACCUCAACAACCUCCUACCGGAACCAAUACCGGAACCGUUCAGAGGAAUGUCACUGCUGCUACAGGAACUGGCACUGGCACUCGUCCAAGACCGCAACCAAUCGCUGGCACACCUCCUCCCGAUCCUUCGGAGAAAUGCGCCGAUCAGAAGAUGAUCCAACAAACUUGUACACUUUUUGGAUUGGACUUGGAGCGGCCGCCACCUGUCCCUCCUAGUAGAUCCUAUACCGUGACCGGAAACACAAAACUUGGUUACCCGCAAACCAGGAUUAUGAAAAUGCCCUUUCCAGAAGAGGGCGAGAAUAAAGCAGUCCUGGUGAAAGGAGAGACAGUUUUAGUCGUAGGUGCGUCACCCCAUCGAGGCCAUCUUGUUGUAGAGCACAAUAGUACUAGUUUACAUGUGCCGUAUCAAUUUAUGGAAUUGAAACCUUGUAAUAUUAAUGUUUAAUGAUUCUCACGAUACUAUUUAUUUGACUCCACUUUUAAAGACUUGAGAAACGACUAUUUAUAAUAUUAAUUUCAAUCGCGCAAAAUUUCGGGAAAUCAAUAUAUUCGAGUUUUCUUCAUAAACGUAUUUGUGUUAAAAUAAUCGCAAAAGUAAAAAUUAUAAUUUGACGCCUCUAAUACAAAUGAACCUCUUAUAUUAUUCUAAAUUGAUUAAACCUCUAUAAACUAAUCUAAUUUUAGAGCAAAACGUGCAGAUAGUAGACAUGUAUAAUUUAUAUACGUAUCAAUCAACUUACUCCUAAAUUAAAAGAGCUUAAAAGAUGAAGCUUUUUUCAAAACUAAAUAUUUCAUUUAAAAAGUGUUAUUUUACCUCAUUACUAAUCAAGAACCACAAAAAUGAUGAUUUUUCGCAAAUGGGUUCAUCAGCCUUUCUUAGAAAGAAUCAAUUUGGCCAUAGAGGAUCUUUAUAUCUUUUAAGAGCUCGUCGAUUGUACUCUUUCCAUGCGAGUUUGCCUGAUCUCGAUCAUCGCUGUCGUCUCCCGUCUGCCAAUUAAUUGCCAUAAGAUCAUCUCAGAGUACGCCGGCAAAAGUUAGGGUAGGUGAUUAGUAUUAAGAGAGAGCCGGCGGCAUCACUCGCGGUGGAGUCAGCUCUAAAGGACAGUGAACUUCGUCCUCUAAUUAAUUACACCUCCUGUUAAACGAGCUUAACGCGGAAGUCACAGCGGCCGUGCUUAUCGCUCAUUUCAGACACGGCAUACUGACUUACCCUAAGCUGUUCGUCUUCCAUGUAGAUAAGAUUCUCGCGAAGAAGUCUAAGGUGCCUGAUAAGAAAAGUGUAAGCCAAAAAUGCAAGAAUAAUAAGUUAAAGUCAAACGAAAUAAUACAUGUUUUCGAGUUGAUUAUGAUUUACAUCGAAAAUUGUGUGCAAGAUUGACAGAGGAUCGGCCUAAUUGGACGUUAAGUUAACACUGUUUAAUAAAUUAUUGUAUAUUUAUUAAAAUUACAAUUGCAAAUCCAAUUCUUUUAAUAAAUUGGCAGCUAAUUUGCAGUAUCAUAUAUAUAUUUGUAUGUUACUAAUAUAUAUUCGCAUGUUAUUAACAAUAUUCCAAAUGGUUAAUAAAUAUAUUUAAUUUCUCUUUUAUAUUUUGUUAAAAAUUUUAUUUAAAAUAACCAAAAUAUGUAUGGCUUGCAGCUAUUUUUAUCAAGUACUGUACAGCCUUAUAUGUAGAAGUAUUUUCGAAAAUAAUGAAUAUGUAUACUUGCAGCAGGUUACGGAUUAUUCAGGUAACUUGUAUAAAUAUA